AUCUGCAUCAAGAGCAAUGGGGGAUGAGAAAUCAACAUUGGGAUCUGCUGCCCCUGUGGAUCCUGCCACCUGAGGCUUCACCCUGCCUCAUAGGUGGGCUGGCCCUGAGCAAAUGAAUGUACAAAAGCUGUUGAAAUAUGCACAUCCCUCAAGGUCUAUUGGGGAAUCAAGGUCUGCCGAUCAGGAAAUGUGUAGAAUUGAGAGACAGAUUAUAUGCACCUACUCCAUAUGGAGUGCUGGAUGUGUCUAAUGGCUGGUUGCUACACAUAUCAACUUCUCCACUCACACGACACUUAGCCUGAAUGAAGGAGAGGACCAUCUGGUCACAUGGGCUUCCACUGCCCUGACCCAGGUUGAUAUAUCUCAGUAACAACUUGGCAUUAGAUUAGUCAGCUGCCUCAGAAUAUUCAGAAUGAUCUGAAUAAUGCGCAACAUUGUCAUUUCCAUCACUACUGCUAGUGAUAUCAUCAUCUCAUCUUAUAUGUGUGCCUGAGACACAUUAUGCCCAGAAACAUGCAAAAAGAAAAAGAAAAAGCUUUCUAUAAUGGCUGGCCUAAUUUCGGAAAAAGCUUGCUUUUUUGUUCACAAUGAACUUGUCACCUUCUCUGUGGAAAUGCCUUUCUAAGGAUUUCAAAGGAUUCCACCCACUUUCAUUUAACGUGUGUGUGUGUGUGUGUGUGUGUGUGUGUGUGUGUGUGUAUGGUGGCAAUGAACAAAAUUCAGAAAGGUUCUUAGAGAGAAGUUAGAUGUAUCAGAAUCACAGAUACACCAGUUGAGUUAUUUUAGGGUAUGGCAGAAGGCCUGCUAUACGCGUGUAUCUGAAGUUACGCAUCAGACAGUGGAAAUUUUCUGUUGCAACACAUGAGGAAAGACCAAUCCCCUUCCCUUUCUAUAGAAAGCCCUGACCAUAGAAGCCUGCCGAGACAUCUCCCAAACCAAUACAGCCACCCAAAUCUACACCAUGGGCUCCCCCUUUCCCCACCCCCAAUAAUUCAGCAAAUUGUUAACAGAAGUACCUUCAAAUUCAACCUAAAGGAAUACCUUCACCCCAGCAGGCUAUCUGACUGGAACAUUUGAAUUUCCCCCACCUCUUGGAGAGCUCCCACCCUUCACAGAAUGAUCUAAUGUUCUUAGUUCUUUGAAAGAUUGGCAGAGUCCUGGCCAGAAUCUGCAGCCAUGAAAGCAGAGGUUGCUCUCCAUUCACCUGCCUGUAAGCAAUUUCGUUGUUAGGUUUUCUGAUAAGACCAAGUGAGCCUCCCUAGGCUCCCUAUGCAUUCCACAUAUGGGGAGCCACCACAGAAAAAGCCAGUUCUCAUGUUCCCACCCUCUGGGCCUCUCAUGGAGGGGGCAUAUGAAGAAGGGCUUCAGAUGAGAAUUGCAGGGUCUGGGUUGGUUCAUAUGGGGGAGGCGGUCCUUGAGGUAUUGCAGUCCUGAGCCAUUUAAGGCUUUAUGGGUCAGAACCAGAAACUAAUUGACAACCAGUACAGUCAGGCCAGGAUCUAUGCUCAAACCAUCUUGCCCCAGAAAGCAACCUGCCUGCUGAAUUCUGCACCAGCUGAAGUUUCCAAACUGUCUUCAGAGGCAGCCCUAGGUAUAACACAUUGCAGUAUUCUAACCUCGAGGUUACCAGAGCAUAGACAACAGUAGUUAGGCUAUCCCUGUCCAGAUAAGGGUGCAGCUGGGCCACCAGCUGAAGCUGAAGCUGAAGCUCUCUGUGCCACCAAGUCCACCUGAGGCUUGAAUGUGCAUUAAAUAUAGGGUGUGUAUGUAGCCUUGCUGGCAGCACUAAAUGGCCUGCCAGUACAGAGAAACCACAGGGUUGGAGUUCAUCAGCAACCUAAUCCAGUUCUGUAUUAGGACAGGUGUGGGGAGCCUGUGACUCUUAUCAGCCCCAGUCAUCAUGGCUGGCUGUCAGUGAAGACGGGAGUUGUAGUACACAAGUUGAAGGCCACAGAUUCCCCUUCUCUGUGCUAGUGCUGUCCAAUGCUGCUGGAUGGAGAGCCCAGUGUAGCGCAUGGAGGAUUGCUGCUCUGUGCCACUCAAAGCUUCCCUGGUAGAUUUCAGCGGAUCAUGCUGGCAUUCAAAAGCACAUGAGAAGGCUGGUCUUUUGGCAGCCAUAAUUGUAUAUGCCUCUAAUCAUAUGUAUUAUUUUCAUCACUUAUGGCAUUACUUUAAAAGGCAUAAGGGGAGAGCGUCCAGCCUCUUUGCGUUCUUUUAUUUUUUGCCCUAUAGGGCUAUCUGACCAUAAUACUAAUAAUGGUGAUAACAAGUGUUUAUAUAACUGUUGUGAAUGUUCAAAGCACUCUGCAUAAAUAAUUGUUAAUCUACCAGUGGCACCUGGUUGUUAACCAGAAGGUUGGUGGUUUGAGCCCACCCAGCAACAGCUGUGAGCAGGAUUCCGUCAUUGCAGGGGGCUGGACUAGAUGACCCUCAGGGUCCCUUCUAACUCUACAAUUCUGUGUAAUUGGUAGAUAACAAAUUGGUUGCUCUAAGGGAUACCAAGCUUCUGGUUGAACCCAUUUCAGAUCUCUUCUGAAUGUGCCAGAACUGCUGAUUUGACCACAGUCUUGGUUUUUCCAAGGGAAAUCCUGGCAGGGUGGAAGUUUGGUCAGCUCCUAAAAAUCUCUGCUUUAAAGUGAGGCUGCGCUUUGGGAGGGAGGUGCGUGGAGAGAAGAGGAUCAAAAGGGACUGGGAAAUCUUUAUUAUUUUGCUCCCUUGCACAAAGACAGCAGGCAGACAACACCAAAACGCUAAGCAGUGUGGAUGAAAAGCGCAUUUAUGCCAGGAAUUCAGUACCUGGUACACUUUGCUGCUUCCCGGUUCAUUGUCAAACUGCAUUUGCAGCAGCAGCAGCAGCAACAACAACAACAGCAGCUCUUCACUUCCCUGCUGACAGCUAGAAUGACUUGAUUCUCAGGCUGGCCAGAUGAAAGGGAAUGUGUGUCAUGAUACGGACAUAGAGCCAGAGCACUUUGUUGUUGUUUUUUUUAAAAUGAUAUUUAUUGAAAAUUUUUUAGAAUUACAAAAGAAAACAAGGUAGAAAAAGAGAAAGAAAAAACAAAGAAAAAACAAACCACAUCAAACAAUACAAAUUAAUAAAAAUCAAAAUCAAAAAAUAGCACAACAUGGUCAAAAAACAAAAAUAUACCACAAACAUUUAAAAACAAAUCCAUUAUUCUCAAAUCCUUAACUGUCAUUACCUUCUUUCUUUGACCUCCUCCUCCUCCCUUUUUGUAUCCUAGUUGUUAAUUGUCGCAGCAAAUCCUUUCCAUAUUUCAUAAUAUUCUGUCAUUACAUUACCUUAAUCUAUUUUAAACUUAUCUUACUAUUAAAACCAUAAAACAUAAAAAUUAAAUCUUAUUUUUACAAAUAUCACAUAACCAUAAUAUUCUAACAUAAUUCUUUAAACAUUUUUGCUAAAGCCAAAUAAUUUCGUUCCAACAUUUUUCUAACAUUCAUCAGUUUUAUAAAACAAUCCUAAUAAUAAAAAAGAAAUAAAAAAAACAAUCCAAUCUUCAUCCAGCGUCUCUUCCUCCUGGUCCCGGGUUUUGUCAGUCCUUUUUAUCUCAUCAAUCUAGCGCAUUAACCUGGUAAUCUUAUAUCCGAGGCCCUUAAGUCCCUUCCAUGUCCCUUCCACGGCUCUUCUUCAUAUUUAUAACUGUAUUUUCCUUUGUCUCCUGCUCCUUUCACUCGUGGGAACUCCAGCUUAGCAAUGUUUUUGACCCUUCUCGACAUAUCAGCCCCUUUUCCAUAGUCCACACUAAACUCCAUGUGAUAUUUAAGAACAUGUUUCAAAGUCUCUCCAAAAUUAAGAGCCCCCACAACCCCAAACAUCUCACGGCCCAUUGCCAGACUUGAAAAGUCCAAACAUCCCUGCAUAGGGGGGUCUAUCCAACCCCCCAUUUCCAAACCAAACCAAACUUUAUCUUUCCAAAUCUGGCUUUUUCCAAGUUCAUUUGUCAAAUCCAAAAGCUCAUGUUCCUGCUGGGCCACAGCUCCCUCCAUCUCUGGCGCCCAAGAUUCAGCAACAUCCUCUUCCCUCAUCUGUUCUGUCAGGGCACACUCCUGAUUUAAUUCCUGAGUGGGCUCCAUAUAAUUUCCCACUGCCUGUUCAAAAUUUUUGAUUGCAUCAGUCAUCAAGUCCGUCUUCUCAUGUAGCUGUUCCAGUAGGGCACUUGUUUUACAGAGAGCACACAGCAGAGCUUCUGAAUACAUUGUCCUGCAAGGUCAGAAGUCUAUUCCCACGAUUGUAAUCUGUAACAGCUGCAAGCUCCCCGAUUCAGAAUUAGUUACAGUUUCACAGGCUCCCUCUAGGGGAAAAACUUCUAUUUGUUCUUUUCUUUUAAAGACAAAUCUAACAACAAAGUUUCCUUUUUCAGAUAUUUUGUCAAUAUUUAUUCCUUUAAAAUGCGAAGGGGAACAAUGGAAUCACUAUGUUUCUCUUCUUUUAGCUAUCUGUCAAAAACGUUUGUCUCUGGUCAAUGAGCUUCAAAAACCGUCAGUCCUGACACCCCGCUCCAGGAUCAAGACGGUGGAAAGUUACUUUACUUUACACUCACUUCUGCAGGUUUAAACAGUUCAGGAAAAAUCCCCCCCUCUUCUCCUGCUUCUGAAGGGGGUUCAACAAUCUUAAAUGAUGAAAGUUAGUCCUUUACAAGCGAUUUUCUGAGCUCUAGUUUGCCAUGUCUUUGCUUUAAUCUAUCUACAAAGAAACGGAAGGCUGACUUCCUGUUUAGACCUUCCCGUUUCAGUGCCAAAUUGAAAUAAACUUUUAAGUCCAAUUUUCCUUUCUGCACGCAAGUCCUUAUUUAGAGUCCAAUUGUCCGAAAUUUAAGUACUCACGGGUGAUUGUUUUAGAAGCCAAAUUGUCCCAGGAAAAGGCAGCGCUCUCCGGCAACGGCUGUGCGGCUUCGCUCCACGGAAGAAGCAGUUGACUCUCAGCACCGCGCCACUUCCCCCUCUUCGCUCCGGAGCCCGUUAGUGGGUUCCUUUGCGGGUUGGGGGGGCGCUAAAGGUGCCCGCCGAGUCCCAUGGUCACAGGCUUCAUCCGCCUGUGAUUUUUGAAAGGGUCCCCGCUUCGCCGUAGCGGGAAAGACCCGUUUCCCGUGGAGCUGGUCCCUCCAGAUCAGAGGGAAUCCGCCAUUACCGAUGGCGCCACCCCGGAAGUCGGAGCCAGAGCACUUUGUGAGUCAGCGACCUGCAUAGGGAGCAAAGUGGCCAGUUUCCAGGGGAAGACCGGAGAGAGCUGGGAGGCCUCCGGGCCCCAGCGGGCUGAACCUGAGAGAGCCUGCCCUCAGGGCCAGAGCUCCAGCUGCAAGGGGCAACAAGGGAAUGAAAGAUAUGAGGAGCAGGACCUGAGAACGGGGUAACCCUGGCGUGUAUUUGCUGAAUGAGUAAGAGGGUUGGGAAAACACACAAAAGCUAUCAUUAAGGACAGGAGUCCCAGUUCUAAUUUGGGUCUUUCUUCAAGUGGGAAAUUUAUAAAACAACAACAAUCAAAGUUUUAUUAUAAGGGGUUAUUUUUGUAACCCACUAUGGGAUUGAUUUUAAUGAAAAGCAGGCUAAACGUGGCUCAAAUAAACAGAGUGGCAGCAAUCUGCCUGCUUCUCCAUGCAAUUAAGUGCUUGAUUUGGCCUGGGAGAACAAUUCAAAGAGCCCUGCCUCUGGUCUGCAGUAUGAGCGGCAGACUGCUGUUGUUGAUGCAAGCUACCCUUUCUCAGUGCAACUGUCUCCCACCUGGAAUAGGGGCAUAAGGGUGAACUGCACCACAGGGUUGUUGUAUUUUUCUUUAUCAACCCAACUGUUGUGUGCAGAUAAUUCACCAGAGGAAAAUAGCAAUAGCAGCCAUUGGUAUUGGGGGUGGGGUGCUAGUCAACAUGGCCCCACAGUCCCCUCCACAUGUGUAUUCAGCUUAUGGAGGGGACCCCUGUGUCUGUGCCUGAAUAUUACAAAUUCAGGUAGAAAAGCCACUCUUUUAAAGCAAAGAGCUUAGCCCUGUCUAUAAAUGAAGUCCUUUUAAUUGCCCACAAGAAUUGACCCACACGCUAAUCUGCAUGUAGCUUGCUGGUGCCUGGGGGGGCAGGCGGGGGGUGGGCAGCCCAGUCCAUGCCCCACCAGAACAAUGUGGGGCCACGCUGAGCCACCUGCCUGCCCACGAGGUGGCCUUUGGCAAGUGGAGAGGAGCACCAGGCUGGGCCACACUGGGGUUGCCUGUGUGGGUGCGCCUUGUUCGCAUCCCCUCAAAAAUUGUGUGCUCGAAGUCACUGCCCCCCCGGCACACACCCCACGAUACCCCGUUAUGUGUCUAAAUAAGCAUGCUUAACUUUGCCACUCUUAUUUUACAGAAAAAGCAAUCCAAAACAUGCCCUUGAUACAGUAUUCUGUUGGAAAUCGGGCCCUCGGGCAUCAAUGGAAGGAGGGGAAGCUGCCCACCAGGUGCUGAAGUCUGUCUACACAGAGCUGUGCCUGGUACCUUCAUUAUACAGUUUCUGUCAUAGGCUGAAGACACACUGCUUUACUGUGGCCUUUGACAACUGAGAUGUAUAUUUUUAGAACCCACCUUACUUGCGUAAUUUAAAGGGUUUUUAUACUGUUUUUAAUAUUGUGUUUUAAUUGUUGUGACCUUAGGGUGAAUGCUGGGAGGAACAACAACAACAAGUUCUGUAACCUGUCCUGGGAACAUAUGGUGAAGGGCGGGUAAGAAAACUAACUAAAAAUAAUAAUACUUAAAAAUAAGAACCCAUGAGCUGGCCAGAAAUAUAAGUUCUCCUUAGAAAUAAUCAUGUAUGACCUGAAACACACCCAAACAGUGUACUUGUAUGUUUCUGGAGCCUCAUUGGGGGAGUGUUAAAGCAGUUUAAAACUGGCUUUAGUUUAUAAUGUAUUUUGGUCCUUUUCAGGGAACUGCCAUCAGUACUGGAGGGGGAGAGCAAAGGCCAGAGGGAUUCCAGAGAGCGUCCAGGGAUCGGGAGGAGCAGCCCAUCUUCUGGGGAAGAGAAUCAGCGUAGCACCAGUGGAGAAGGGGGGCAGCUGGGGGGAAGUGGCGAGGCGGUCUCAUGACUCCUUGCCUGGGACCAGCGGGGAGAGUAGGGGUCCUCUGUUGCCCACGCCCUCCCUGCGCAGAAGGCUUCCACGCAGAGAGAGUAGGAGGAGACUAGGCGUCAAAGAGCUUCUUUGCUGGAAGAAGUUUAAGAAACGCCCACUCACGGAUUCUGCCAGCGAUUGAGUCAGCCACGGGUGAGUGGCUGUCCGGACAGAAAAGGUUCACUUAGGCAACCCAGCCAGGUGUUUGCAUCCAGCCGGGGAGAUAGGCACCUGCUUACGCACGAGCAACCCCUUAGAACCAUUACAGUCCUGAAUUUUUUUUUUUGAUGGGGGAUGGGUCUUGGCUUCCCAUGGACAGGGAGAGUACAGCUGAUUUCAGGUGUUUGGGAAAGCAGCAGGGGCAGGAGAAGACCAUUUGCCUUUUGGUCUGUUAAAUCCACCACUGAAUAAUAAUAAUAAUAAUAAUAAUAAUAAUAAUGCAGCUGUCCAGACUGCUGAGCUCUUAGAUCUGGCAAUACAUGUAUCAAUCAGUCUCUUGUCUCUUGAGAUGACAGCUCUUGGAAGCCAAAGAGAAACCUUUCAACUAGAUUAAAGAGGUGCUAUUAAUUGCUAUUGAUCAUGGGUCAAAAAAUUAAAUUGCAUCUGCAACCACAUCUAUGAAAGGUCUAAAUGAGAAAAGCAGUUAAUGGGUCUGGCUGGCCCCGUUCUGUAAUUAAUUAAAAGGGAUGAGAGCAUUACUAAAGAGAGAGAGAGAGAGAAAAGAUUGAGAUCUGAGUGGAUAGCUUUGGAAGUACCAGAAUUAAGACAACUCACAUCCACAAAGCAAUGUAAAUUACAAGUUAAUUGUAAGUGGUCUGAGAAGUUAUGAAGAGGAAAAUGGGCAUACCUUUCAUUCAUAAAUUUAUUGGAAAGAAGACUGAUAAACACCUAAGUGGCUUAGGAUAAAAGGUUCCCUACAUCUCUUUGGGGCUGCUUGCAUCUAUUACAGGCAAAUGGCCAAACCCAAGCGGCCCUUUCCUUCUUUGGGGAAAAGCCAUUUUAGGAAAGGCUGAGUUGGAAGGGGCAGGCGGUGGGGAGCCGCUUCCUCCCUGCAACCUCUCUGCUCUAAUGUGACCCCAUCAAGCUGCUUGUCUCCCCACUGCUCUGGGGUUCUCAGUGUGUGUUUUGUGACAAGUAGAGACUUUUGAAAUGUAACAAACAUGGGGGUGGGUAUUUGGACAGAAAGGGAUGUUGCCCAAGUUCGGGGCUUUCCCUUAGGCUCCUUUAACUCCACUGGUUCCAGAAUCCUACCCAUGAUAUGAUGAGGACUGGAAUGAGUAAGUUUCCAUUUCCUUUUAAUUAGUGACCUGGUUAUAUAUAUUAUGGGUGUGUGUGUGUGUGUGUGUGUGUGUGUUGUUGCCUAUAUUUUUAGCUUUAGAGGAAAUGCAUAAUAGAAAAAAGCAGAAACAAAUUUGCAAAUGCUAAUUUAUACAUAUAGAAGCAACUUUAGAAAUAAUACUAUAAUCUAGCUAGAAAUACAUCUUGCCAUAGUGGGGAAGGCCAUGACCAAGUGACUUGUCUGCCAUAAAAACCAGACCCAUCAAGUACCCCUAUUUUCCAGGGACAGUCCCACAUUUACGGAAGCCAUCCGGGUUUCUGAUUUGAUCCCAGAAUGCCCCACUUUUCCUUAGGAUGUCUCUAUUUUCAUCGGAGAAAUGUUGGAGGGUGUGGAGUUAUGUGACCCCCUGAGCCAAAGAGAUAAGUAACUAUACAACCUUUAGAAGAUAUCUGAAGGCAGCCUUGUACAGUGGUACCUUGGGUUACAUACGCUUCAGGUUACAGACUCCACUAACCCAGAAAUAGUGCUUCAGGUUAACAACUUUGCUUCAGGAUGAGAACAGAAAUCGUGCUCAAGCGGCGCGGCAGCAGCAGGAGGCCUCAUUAGCUAAAGUGGUGCUUCAGGUUAAGAACGCUUUCAGGUUAAGUACGGACCUCUGGAACGAAUUAAGUACUUAACCUGAGGUACCACUGUAUAGGGAAGUUUUAAAUGUUUUAUUAUGUUUUUAUAUAUGUUGGAAGCUGUCCAGAGUGGCAGAUGGGCAAGGUAUAAAUAAAUAAAUAAAUAAAUAAAAUUGUUGUUGUUGUUGAAUAGGAUGCCCCUAUUUUCAUCAGAGAAAUGUUGGACGGUAUGAAAAACCUUGGAGGAGCUUGCUGGCAUUCAUCUCUGACCAUGGAGGCAGAGCACAGCAGUGUUGCUAGUAUCCCUUGAUUCACCUCCAUGUAUUUAUCUAAUUCUCUUUUAAAGCCACCACUACCUCUUGUGGGAGCCAAUUCCAUAGUCUAGCUGUGCACUGUGUGAAGAAGUGCUUUUUCUAAUCUGUUUUGAAUGCUCCAACAUCCACUAGUCCACAAGUUGUAGUGUUCUGAGACAGGGAAGAAAGCUUUUUCUUAUCCCCUUUCUCUGUGCCAAGCAUAGUUUUAUAAACUUCCAUUGUCACCUCUUACCUGCCUUUUCUCCAAACUAAAAAGUCCCAAAUGUGGCAACCUUUCUUAACAGGAAAUCGCUGCAUCCCUUCAAUCAUUUUGAUCGCCCUUUUCUGUACCUUUUCUGACUGUACAAUUUUCUUUUUGAGGUCAGGUGACCAGAAUGCCUGCUCAGUCUGCUGUCCUGGUGCAACUUCAAGGUCUCCCCUGUUGCUCUCCCUUCUUAGGGUUCUCUCUCCUUAAACCAACUUGGACCACACAGCUCUUUCAAAUAGAGGACUGUCAUAUAUAAAUGUCCGACAGUAAACCUAGGCUACAAAUUCUAAUUUGAAAGAGCUGCAGAAUGCAAAGGAUCGAUUUUCAACCUUAGGUUUGUGUUAUGCAGCCAUCAUCCUUUAAUCCUGGUUCUCAGGCCAAGUGGAUUGGUGUAGAUAAAAUGCAUAAGUGCCGAUUCUGAAAUCAGCUGCAGACUCUAAAUGACUAAAACCUCCUUGCCGCCUAGAUGGAAAUCUCCCACCCUGCAAUGGGAGGCUGGAAGUGAAUAGAAUCUGCAAAAUCCUGAAAUGCUUUGCAAGCACUUUUUAAAACUUUGAGACUUUACAUGCAGAAUCCAAGGAUCAGCAUGUACACACCAAUCCAGCGGGCACGGAUCCUGCUUCCCCCAUUUUGAUUUGGAGCCAGCAGCACUCUGUGGUUGCCAGGAGUGAGUGAACAUCUGUUCUGCAUUGGGAAGCUUGAAACAGUUUUGUUCUUGAAAGAGGCUCACCAGCUCUUGUAAAGUUUGAGGGUACCUGCUUGAAUAACUCAAACACGCUCUAGUGGAGCUUGACAUUUCUCAACCUUACACAAAAUUGUUCUUCCAUUUUCAUCCACUGCAAUCUUCCAAGAACCUCCAUUUUCCUAUAACAAUACAGCAAGACAGCAGCAAAAGCCAUUUAUCAAUCUGGAGUCUUAAAAAAAACAAAAAAACAAACAACCCCAUAUUGUAAAAUAUGCAGGCAUUGCUUGACUCUUUAGCAUUUAUAUAGUGCUUUUGAGCAUUCAGAGCGCAUAAAUAACCCUGCAAAUACAAUCUGUAUCGUUGUCCCCUUGUUGUGGGUGGGACAGCGGAGGCAAAGAGUGGCUUGCCAAAGGCUUCCUUGAAUUGAAAUGGAGGCUUCGCAACCGAAGAGUCAGCCUUUUAGACAACAAGCCACACCAGCCUGCAGUGCUGCCCCUGUGAGGCUGCUGACCUUGUAGAGAGGACAGAUGCAAAGGGGGACAGGGCUGCUGCCCCUUUGAUACCUGUGCACAGAGGAAAGUCCUAGUACGGUACUUGUAGCUUCCAUGAUAAGCUACACUUGCUGAACCCCCUAUAAUCCACUUUGAUUAAAUGCCCUCUUUUUCACUCAGCCACCCUAUGGCCUUGUGGUUGUUCCUCUUCCCAGCCGGCAUGGCCAAUGAUGGGGUGGUGGCAACAUUUGGAGGGCUACAGGUUCAUUACCUCGGUGUAGACUGACUAUUGUCAUAGCAUUUCAUAACUUUUUGGACUAGCGGUUGUAUGGAUACUGCUUAAGUUUGGGGCUUUCAUUAUAAAUGUUUGCUUGUGUUUGCUCAACUGUUCCUUCAACCCAGACUGAAAAAGCCCUAGGGAGGAAUUCAACAGCAUGCUAUGGUGUUUGAUGCAUAAUUUUGCCUUGCCAGAUGGAAUUGUACUUGCUGUUCUGGCAGUUCCCCUGACCCAAUUUCAGGGGGCACAUAAAGGAGGUGAGCAGGGGAAGAAGCUCCAUUGUGCAAGCAGAAGUCCUUGCACAGGGCUUCCACUCUUGGGACUCAGUAACUGAAUCCUGCCCAACUGAACCUCUUGACAGUUGAGCGCAGCCUUGACCAAAACUGACAGGUAUCUUUUAUGUAGCAAAGUAGUAGUGCAUAUUAUAUAUAUCUAUAUAUCUAUAUAUCUAUCUGUAUCAGAUUACUGCACAUAAUAUGCUUGGAGCUCCAUCUUGACUAGGGCUGCUAAGUCUGUUAUGGGUCACAAUCCCAAGUGAAUCCCAUUGCAUUCAGCUGACAAAAGCAAGAAAUGGUGCAAUUGAAGCAAGAAAGCAAAUGGCCCCAUUGGAUAAGGAAUAAUAACAUGAAAGCAAAUUGAGAUAUUCCCUUAAAUUGUUCUGAGAAUUGUUCUGUGAGAGGAUUGUUCUGAUAAUUGUUCUGUGAGAAAUUCCCUUAAAUUGGACUUAACCCCUGGAUGGUUAAGUCCAGUCAAAAGUGACUAUGAGGUGCGGCACACAUCUCGCUUCAGGCCCAGGGAGCCAGCGUUUGUGAACCGAAAGCUUUCCAGGUCAUGUGCCCAGUCUGACUAAACUGUUUCUGACACAACAGAACACUGUGAUGGAAGCCAGAGCACACGAAAACAUCAUUUACCUUCACGCCGCAGUGGUAUCUAUGUACUUGCACUGGUGUGCUUUUGAACUGGUGGGUUGGCAGAAGCUGGGACAGAGCAAUGGGAGCUCACCCUGUCACACAGAUUCGAACCGCCAACCUUCUGAUCAGUAAGCCCAAGAGGCUUAGUGGUUUAGACCACAGCACCACCCACAUUCCUUCAUAAUAACAUAAAGACUUAUUAGUAUCUUAUUAAGUCACAUUCUAAGGCCAUUUUUCAUCAAUUGUUUUGUGUGGGGAUGUUGACAUGGUACAUUAUUUUCAUGUUCUGGAGUUAGGUUGUUGAAAAUGUAUUUGGAUUUCCAGUGUUUACUAUUAUUAUUUAAAAGAUGUAUAGUCCACCCUUAGUUGGUACUGAUACCAGGUAGUGCACAAUCUGAAUAGGGGCACCUCUGAUUUACAAGGAGAUGCUAUCUUCUGUUGAGUUAUUCCUCAGAGGCACUUUUGCGGGUCUUCAGGGUAAAGUAUUUCUCCAGGAUUUCUGAGUAGAUUAGAAGCUUUUGUGAUUGUGGUAGUGCCUUUGAAAGCUUUCUUCAGUUUCCCUAAUACCCAGUAGGCUAAAGAAACCUUUUACAUUUGAAACUGAGCAGCCUCUACGGUUAAUGUCUGUGAUUGGGGAUGAACUUUUUGUUGUCUGGGAAACCAACCCUGGAGUGGGAUCCCUGCAGUUCACAACAGGGAGGUCAAUUGUUUUACCUGAGAGAAAUCAGGGAGGGAAAGUGAAAAGGCACAGGCAUGAAGGUGGGAAGAAAGCCACAAUUCUUCUAAUCAGGAGAGAAAUUACAGUGAGUCUGUUGAGAACUGAGUCCAAGGAGAGUAGUUGUACCUAGAUGUGUGGAAGUGACUUUGGGGGUUUAAGUAAGUGAAGAUGACUGUGUACAAGAUGAUGUCUCCCUUUGCCCAAAUAUUUUGAAUAACAAAUGCCUUUGGGGUGGACUAGGUGACCAUUUGCACCUACAAAGUUAUGCUCCUGCAGCUUGUUGCUAUGUGCAAAGCAACUCUCCGUACAAGGAAAAUGAAGCGACAUAAAACAAAUGAGCACUAUGCCCUAUGGUGGAUUUCCAUGUGCACACCAUUACACCAAACCCACUUUGCCAUGUCAUGAUUCUCACCAAAGAGGUAAACUGGUGAUGCUGCUGCACCGCUUCAGAUUACGAAGCUACAUGGCAGAAUGGGUCUCCAUGCAAACAAACUAAAAACACUAUUAAUUUAUUACUUGUGUUUUUAUACCACCUUUAAUUAUAUUCCGAAAGGUUAGGCUAGGCACCUACUUUUCUGGGGAGCAGGGAGAGAGAAUUUUGACUGGAGUUCCUCCCACCCUCCAGUUUGAUGCCAUGCAGUCCAAAACCCACAAGUUAGCCACCGUGGUGAGGAAGUAGACACCAGCAGUCUUCAUCAGCAUCUUAAACAACCUUCAGCCUUUUUGGACCCAUGUUCAGUACUUCAAGACCCACGUUUUAGCAUCUAUUUGUAUAGUGGUAAUUCUGCUCUCUCAAGCCACCUUAGGUCAAGCUGCAACCCUGUAGAACAGGUGUGGCUAACCUGUGGGCCUCAAGAUCUUGCGGAACUCCAGCUCCCACCAGGCCUAGCCAGCAUGACCACGAUGUGAGUUGUAGAUCAACAAUACACGGUGGACCACAGGGAUGCA